AUGUCUAAUCUAAAGUCUUCAUUAACAGUUGGAAUAUUUUAAUCACUUAGUUUUUGUGGUUUGAGAUAAAAAAUAUUAAAGAACAUCGCAUUCCAACCACCAAAAGUUAGUUAUGCUUUAAAACCCAGAAUUGAUGAUAAUACAACUUAAAGCACAUAUAAAAAUGUUUGCUCCAUUUAAUAAAUAGAGGAUGAGUAAUUUAUAAGAUAGAAAUCAAAAUCUUAUGAUGAUGAAAAUAUAAACUAACUUGGAUUAUUGGAUUUAGCUGAAGAGCUGAUGCAAUUUUCAAGUGGAAGUACGAGUCCAUCGAGAGAGGAGUAAAAUUUAAUAUAAUAAGUCUUACAUGUCCUUCUCAUGAUUUUUAUUUAAUUGAUGAACAUGGAAAAGAGGUUAGCAUACCAAAACAAGAUAAUUUAGAGUUGACUGGAUAUUUCUUAAAAGGGAGAAAAGGUCAUAAGAUAGCUUCCAUAUAUGUUAAAAGCACUUUUCCUAUGAGCGAUAUGGUAAUAUUGUUUAGUCAUGGAAAUGCAAGUGAUUUGGGUUAUAUGAUUGAUACAUUAAUUGGUAAUAAAUAUAUUCUUAUAAAACUAGAUUUGUGUACUAAUUUAAGAAUAAAUGUAUUUGCGUAUGAAUAUUCAGGUUAUGGAUUAUCUUAAGGAAAAUGUACAGAUCUCAAUAUAAUAAACAAUGUAUAAGUUGCUUAUGAUUUUUUGGUUACUUAAUUAAAAUUUGAUCCUACAAAAAUUAUUGUAUAUGGUUAUAGUAUAGGAUCUGGACCUAGUGUUAUGUUAGUUUCUGAUGAUGAAUUUCCAGUUGGAGGUUUAGUAGUUCAUUCAGGAUUGAGUUCUGGACUCAGAGUUUUAAAUAAUAAAUUGAAAUCAACUCCAUUUUAUGAUAUUUUUCCAAAUGUUGAUCGAAUCAAAAAUGUUACAUGUCCAGUUUUUAUUAUGCAUGGCUUAGAAGAUGAAAUUAUUGAUUACACUUAAGCAAAGUUAUUAGCAAAUAAUUGUUAAAGAUUAUUUGAAUAUUGGGAGGUAGAAAAUAUUGGACAUUCAGGAAUUGAUACUAAUGCUGAUCAUAGAAAGAAUUAUUUUUAUAAAUUAAGAGAUUUCAUCAAAUGUAAACAUAUUUUCAUAUAAUAAAGUAAUCAAAUAAGAAAAUUAAACAAUUAAAGAACUUAAAUAAAGAAAUACGGCAAGUCCCAAAAAUACUAAGUCUUACAAUCAUUAUUAUGAUAACAAACUUAGAGACUUUCAUUUAAAUUGCAAAAAAAUAGAAGAUUCAGAUUCGCUAAAAAAAUAAUUAUGA